UUUCUUCCAUAAAAAGAUUACCAAAUUUGAACAUUCUCACAAAUAACCUGAAUCUUCAAUAAAAAUAAACAUUUCAAAAGAAUAUAUUUCGAGUUUUUUUCUCAAUUACCCGGUUCAAGAUUAUAAGUUUUGAAUUAAAAACUUAAAUACCCACAUCAAAAUUUUAAUUUUUGAGAAAAAUUCUGAAGUACCUAAUUCAUAAAAAGAUGAGUAAUAUAGAAAGUGAUUUAGCAGUUCUUGAGUCACUUAGGCUACAAUUACUUGAAGAUUGGGACCCGAGAAGCUUUGGAGCUCCGGCGAUAAUUUCAGGGUCGGCUCCGUUUUAUAGUAGGAAUUUCAGCUUUUGUAGAUUAUACCCUUGCUUGACAAAUAACUGGGGUGAAUUGCCAUUAAAAGAAGAUGAUUCUGAAGAUAUGUUUCUUUUUGGAGUUCUCCAGGACGCUGUACAUACUGGAUGGUCGCCGGAACCCGAUUCAGAAACCGGGUCGGAUUCUCCGUUUACCAUAAUGAUCAAACCGGAGCCAGUAGAUGAUCCGGUAACGAUUUAUAAACCAGAACCAAUUGAAAACCCAGUUCCGGUAUUGAAAGCUAUGGCUGCUCCGUCGAGGGGAGAACAUUACCGUGGGGUCCGAAGACGUCCAUGGGGGAAGUUUGCAGCUGAAAUUAGGGACCCAGCAAAGAAUGGAGCCCGGGUUUGGCUCGGUACAUUUGAGACGGCUGAGGACGCGGCCUUGGCUUAUGAUCGGGCCGCGUUUAGAAUGCGCGGGUCGAAAGCAUUGCUAAACUUCCCGUUUCGAGUGAACUCGGAUGAACCGGAUCCGGUUCGGAUUACAUCAAGGCGAUCAAAACCUCAGAGAUCCAUGUCAUCAUUGUCAUCGACAUCGACUUCGUCAUCGGAUAGUGGGUCCCACAAGAGAAGGAAAAAAGACGGUAUAGUUGCGCGAAUGGGAAAUGAGGUUGAAGGGACCCAACAAGUGGGAUGCCAAGUGGGUGUUGUCACAUUGCCACUGUGCGAUCAACUAGUUAGUUAAAAUAAAAAAAAUAAUAUAAAAAAAAUCUUAUUAGAAUUAAGAAUAUGAUUAAGAUUGGUAAUGAAAUCGUUAUCUACUUUAUUAUAGAUUAGGAUGAGUAGAUGACUAGCUUAUCAAUGGUUUUGGCGAGUUCUAAGAGAUGUAAUGUAAUGAAUGGUGGAUCUCACAUUAUAUUUUAGGAGGUUUAAUGAGAUGUGAAUAGGGUUGUAUUUGUUUGUCAAAUCAAAUGAUAUUGUUUGUACAUUUGCACACCACAA